ACAAAAAAUAAAUUGCAUAAACUAAAUAAAUAAAAAGUCAAUUUAACAUAGAGAUCUUUACAAUAUUAUUUAACCUAUCCAAUUGACAUCAAUUAACUUCAGCUCUUUUGCCACUAUAAUUGUAUAUUUACAUUUUUUGCUGUUAGUAUAUUGCAGCGAUUCUAUACAAAUGAAAAUCUAUAAUAUAAUAACCUUUAAACAAGUUUUAGAGUUAUUUAAUCUGCAUUUAUGAACAUGAAAUUUACCAAAUAAAAUUGAAAGAAUCUUUAUAAAUUCCACAGAUAAAUUGUUUGGAACAAAAAUAAUAAUAUUUGGGGGUCAAAUUACAACUAAAACCUGAUUGUUUAUUUAUUUAUUUAUUUUUUUUGGACAUAUAAUGAUUGAUCCUCCCAAAAAUGUUUGAAUGUUCACAUUCAUAAAAAGAUGAAUCAAAGACUCUAGGUUCACUUAAAUUUUGUUCAUGACAUGUAGUCCUCUUGAUGACGUAAUUUUAACCCCUCAGUCCGCGGCACUCUCUGAACUCCACUCCACAACUUACUUCAGUCUCUCACAGGCUCUCCUUCCUCCUCCUCAUCGUCGUUUAACUCUUAAAACUUCCCUGAAGUACAUAGACGAGGCGAAGAAAAGUUAAAGGGUCUUUGCCCUAAUGAAAUGACCACUUUUUUUCUCCUCGUACAAUUCGCCAUGUCAAGUCUUGACUUGUAGCAUUUCUUUUAACCCGUUGUAGCAAAUUAACUCUACACGCUUUUCUUAUUUGCACUGCUUAUAAGGUAAAUUAAUGACGUUUUAGUCAUUUAUAAUGAUGUGUAAUUGCACAUGCAUGUACUGUUUAUAAGUAAACCGUCAUUUCAAUCUAAAUGGGCUUUGACAAGACACUUGGAACGUUUCCACCGCUUGUCGCCAAACUGCCUUAAGUGGCACUGACCCUUCUGUUUACAUCCAAAUGACAUCGAGAGAGAUGAUCCCCAUCACCUGCAGCCGUAUUCCCAACACACCUGCAGGUGAAUGACAUCAUGCCUGGCAUCUCCUCGCAGUAAGGAGCCCGUCCUGUGUCCACCCUUUAAACGUCUGUGCAAUAGUUCUCCCUUGUGGCCACUACACAGCACACACACUUUAUGGACAGGUCUGCGUUGUGCUGUAAGGAACCAUACUUUUUAAUUCUUUACAUUUUGAAUCCGGCCACUGUUACCGCUCUCUUGUCUUGGAAGAGAGUGGGACCCUCAGUAUGCACAAGCUGAGGGGAGGCCCUGGCCCUCCAGUCCAGGACAUUUAUGAAUUCUCUCUGGACGAGGAGGACCCUAAAGUUUUCCUAGGGGCCAGGAGCGCAAGGGUGGUGUCGCCUGCGGACGACUACAUCAGGUCUGAGCAUGAGCAAGCUGGCAUGUUCUCCUUGUCGCAGAUGGAGGACCAGGAACCAAUAGAGCCUGUGGUGGCCCAAAAAAAGAAAAGGAAGAGAUGCGGCGUUUGUGGGCCAUGCAUGAGGAAGGAGAACUGCGGGACCUGUAGCAAUUGCCUAAACCGAAAGAUCGGACACCAGAUCUGCAAACUGAGAAAGUGUGAUGAGUUGAAGAGGAAGAAGAGCCCGUGGGAGGUGGAAUAUUUUGAAGACAAAAAUACCCAGCCUGUAAUCCCAAACCUGGCUAAAGAGACUGUUUCUGUGGUGGGUUCAGUGGAUGGCCCCAGAGGAAAAGGCCAGAUGGAAAUUGGGUCCCAUGAACGCCUGGAAGAAGGCUUAUUAAACCAGGAACUCUCUAAUGGGCUUAGCAAACAUGCAUCUAAUGAAGAAAAUGUUUGUGAUAAUGAAGACAGAGAUGCAACCAAGGAGCAACACCAGCAUAACUUUCAUGAGGGGGCUGGAAGUAUUUCCCAGACACCAGGCUGGGUCCUUGAGCAUACUGGGAAGUUGUCAAAUCCUGAAUCUCAACAAGGUGUUUGGAGUGGUCAAAAUGCCAGCACAACAGUAAAUGAUGUGGAUAUGGAGGAUGCACAAACUCUGGUGGCCUUUUCUGUUGGCUCACUGCCACCUUACACCAACCACCAACCUUCACCGACCCCUACAGCUCAGCUGUAUGAAAGAUUCAAUCAGGAAAUGUCCAAUGGAGGUGAGGAGGCCAAAAAGAAAGGUGUUGAUGGUGCGUUUUGCCCCCCUGAAGAUCUAAACACUCUGCAGGCAGCACUGAGCAAGGCCCGUCAUGGCCACAAGCCACCUAAUUGUGAUUGUGAUGGCCCAGACUGCCCUGAUUACCUGGAGUGGCUAGAGAAGCAAAUUAAAUUGGUGACUAACUGUCAGAAUAAAACUUCCUGUAAUCUUUCGGGUACGGCUCAACAGCCACUUGAACAGCAUCAUUAUUCCCAAUCCCAACCUCAACAAUGUGGAGGUAAACCAUUGUGUGUGCAAGACACAAAUCCACAGCCCCUUGUUAACAAGCCUUCUACUCCUAGACCCUUUGGCCCACCAGCACCUAUUCCCUGCUCCCCUAGUGUUCUGUCCAUAGCCAAGGAAAGAAAUGUUAGUUUGCAAACAGCCAUUGCAAUUGAGGCUCUGACCCAGUUGUCUGCCACUGUCCCACAAACUGUUGUACCUCCUGGUGAGUCUUCACUUGCAAAUCACCAUCAGCAUCUGCCAACCUCCUACCACCAGAACAUGCCACAAGUUGUUUCUUCAUCACCUGGUCCUCUGUUGUCCUCCUCUGCCACCUCUGCUAUUCCACAGUCAAAUCAUUACCCUCAACAAGAGCUUACAACAUGGGAGCAACAGAGACCUCAGUCUAAGGGUGAGGCCCCUACAGCAAACAUUUUUCCUAGCUCCUCUCAUUAUUCUUCCUCAUACCCAUCUUCCAAGCCCCCAUUUACAAAUAUGCACGCAUCAAGCCCCAAUCCUCGACCUCAGCAGUGGAACCAGGGCACAGCUAGUAGCUGUGAGAAAAACUCCCCUCGCAAUGCAUGGAUGAUGGCAAACACAGACUCUAAACAACAUUUUGCAAAGCCAUCCCAUGAGAGCAGUGACCCAGUGUCUGAGCUGAAGCAACUUCUUGGAGACACCGGUGGAAAGCACCCGUUCAAGUUCCCAUUCCCUCACCCCAGCUUACAGGAUGUUCAUAAGGGCAGCUUUACUGGGAUGCCUCACAUAAAGCAGGAGGUGGAAACAAAAGAAUACCUGGGAUCAGAAUGCUCAGUCAUGGGCCAGGAAGGGAUGCUAAAUGGCCAGCAGCAGUUUCAGGGUCAGCAGUUAUCCUCCACCAUUAGGCACUCAACUCAGGCAGCACUACAGCAGCACCUUCAUCAUAAACGUAAUCUCUUCUCUAAUUCCCCAACAUAUGGUCCAUUAGCCCACAUGGCUUGUCAGGACCUUCGUAAAUGGUGGCCUCAGACUAUUCCAGAGAAUCUCAUUAACAUCAAACAGGAACACAAGGAACCUAAAAAGAAAAAGGGUGCUCAAAGUUCUCAUCUAAAGCAGCCAGCUGGUGGGCCUUUUGGUCCACUGGGCACACCUCUUCCAAAACCCAAACCGAUUGUUAUCAAGAAGCAUAAACAAAAAGCUUCCCAGCCAACUUUUCUACCACAGAUCCAGAUUACAAUAUCAAAACCACCUCUCAUUUCUCCAGGUUAUGCACCAUCCCGAGCUCAGCUUGUUCCAUCUUUGCCAGGCAUGGAAGCUGGGCUUCCCCCCACUCAGGUGGCUGAGAGCCACCCAGCUCCAGCUCAAUCUCAGGAAUCCAUUAUAAAUUGCAGUAGUGCACCCAUCUCUGAAAAUAGUCAUUCUUCUACUAACCCUGUGUCAGUCCUAGCACCAUCAACCCAGAAGGUAAUAGCAUGCCCAGGCUCAGCUGGAUCAAAUGACAGCAUCCCAACAACCAGUAUCACACCUCAAACAUCUACAACACAGCCAUCUCCUUCUCUGGCUGGCCUCAGUAACCUAGAUCCAAAAUUUGAAGAGCUGAUUCGGCAGUUUGAGGAGGAGUUUGGGGACACUGCAGCUUCUGCAGCCGAGACCCCAGAGAAUGGCCCUGUUCAACCAGUGGUGACCGAGUCGCACCCAAACUCAGGACAAUUGAGACCCGAGUCACCAUCCCUAAAGCAGCCAAACAACUGCCCUCCUGUUCCCACAAAUGAGUCUGAGCCCAUGAACGAAGGUCAAAAGGACAUACCUGAAAGACAGAAGGAAAAAACACCAUUGCCACCUGAGGAGCUCUGUACUGUCAAACAGGAAAGUGAGGAAUGUGCAUUGGAUGUGAAACCUUCAGGGGAGCUCCUGUCUGAAUUUCUGAAGCAACAGAACCCCUUCGUUGCACCUUUUUCUCCUCCAAAUAAACGUAUGAAGAUUGAAUCAUCCAAUGGUGUGACCGUGCUCUCCACAACUGCAUGUUUCUCUGCAGACAGAGAGGGUGAUGAUUUCAAUACUCCCACCAAGGAUAUCUUUCCCUCCUCACCUUCACUUAAAGGUUUUCUUGAGUCACCAUUGCGCUACCUGGACACUCCCACCAAGAACCUGCUUGAUACACCUGGGAAAGAUGUUCAACCUGAUUUUCCAAUCUGUGAUUGCGUAGACCAAGUCCUUGAAAAGGAUGAAGGUCCAUAUUACAAUCAUUUGGGAUCUGGACGAGAUAUACCUUCAGUCAGACAACUGAUGGAAGAUAGGUAUGGGGAGAAGGGGGAAGCCGUUCGCAUUGAAAAGGUGGUUUACACAGGGCGAGAAGGAAAGAGCUCUCAGGGAUGUCCUAUUGCUAAGUGGGUGUUACGUCGCAGCAGUGAAAAGGAGAAAGUGUUGUGCGUUGUGAAGCAACGGCCUGGGCACCACUGUGCCAACACUGUCAUCGUUGUUGUCAUCCUGGCCUGGGAAGGUGUGCCCCGUGCUCUGGGAGAUAAACUGUACAGAGAAGUCACAGAAACCAUCACCAAAUAUGGCAAUCCCACCAGCCGUCGCUGUGGACUCAAUGAAGAUCGAACCUGUGCAUGUCAAGGGAAGGACCCAGAGACCUGUGGAGCUUCAUUCUCUUUUGGCUGUUCCUGGAGCAUGUAUUUCAAUGGAUGCAAGUAUGCUCGAAGCAAGGUCCCUCGUAAGUUCAGACUGCAGGGAGAGCACCCCAAAGAGGAGGACAAUCUCAGGGAUAACUUCCAAGCUUUGGCCACACAUGUGGCCCCUCUGUAUAAGAAGCUAGCUCCCCAGGCCUACAGCAACCAGUGUUUACAUGAGGAUGUUGCUUCAGACUGUCGGUUGGGAUUGAAGGAAGGACGUCCAUUUUCAGGAAUCACUGCAUGCAUGGAUUUCUGUGCCCACGCUCACAAAGACCAGCAUAACCUCCACAAUGGCUGCACUGUGGUGUGCACUCUCACGAAAGAGGACAAUCGUACAGUGGGCACAAUCCCAGAAGAUGAGCAGCUGCACGUGCUUCCGCUCUACAAGCUCGCUACAACCGACGAGUUUGGUAGUGAGGAGAACCAGCGUCUCAAAAUGCAGACAGGAGCCAUCCAGGUGCUCGCUAACUUCCGUCGAGAGGUUAGAAAACUUCCAGAACCUGCAAAAUCAUGCCGCCAGCGUCGGUUGGAGGCCAAAAAGGCUGCAUCAGAGAAAAAGAACAGGAAAUUGCAGCUAGCAGAAACUCCAGAGAAGACCGUCAAGAUGGAGAUUCGCCAUGCAGAGUCACCUCACAUUCAGCAAGGCAAUAAAGCUAUUCCAAAACAGGAGGUGAAACCAACAAUUAAAAAAGAGCCUGUCGACCACUUCCAGCCCUUCAAUGGAGCCAUACAUGGUUACCAAGCACUAGGGAAUGGCAAGACAAACCCUGAUCCCCAUAACAUGAACAGUUCGUUCUCCUACCCUGGGAACUAUGCAAGAGGUCGCAUCCCUGGCAACAGUCAUCCUCCUGCACAGAACCCCAUCAAUGGCUUUCACCCUAACCUCCAAGAUAUACGAUAUGGUUAUUACAACUACCCUUCCAGUGCACUUUUCUCUCCUGAGCUCUUGAGAUAUGAUAAAGGAGCCUGGCCCAAAAACGGAGAACCCUCUGCCCAAGCAUUUGAACAGAAGCCGGAUGUUCAGUGUCUCCAAGCCAAUCUGGCACAGGCCUAUCCCACCCAUCAUGGACAGUCUCAGGCACAAAUGGCUGAUGCAUCCAUUCAAGGCUACCCACAACCCUCUGAUAUUUCGCAGUGUCGUACUCCAUCUAUGUCUCUUGAGCAGACACACCGCUCAAAACCCAUAGUCAAGCAGGAGCCCAUGGAUGUACCAUUGUAUGAAGCAAGAUCAGAUGGUCAAGCGCAGAGCUGCCCGACCACUCCUAGUACAACACCAACACCUGAAGGAUGGCAUGGGCACAAACCAAACGGCAGUCUAGUACCUAAAGGCUGGGAUGGAAACAUCAGAGCGGCCUCAAAUAAUUCACCCUUCACACCAGAUAAGCAGAGGCUCCACCAGCAACACCAACACGAACACCCUCAAUAUCCACAGCAGCAACAGUGGAAUUCCUAUUCCUGCCCAAACACUCCAAUGGCAUCUCCUGCCCCAUCUCCGUCCCCAUCCCUAAAAGCAGGUCUAUCACCUGCACCCUCUCCACACCCGUCCACCCCAAGGCAGUGGGGAAGUCCUGCCCCUAGUCCACAACCUAAAGCAUGGGGUCCCUAUGGUCCCAUGGGUUAUGGUGCUGGUGUUAUCAGGCAAGGCAACCCUGCUGGUGCUUACCCUGAUAACAUGCUUUCCCAGGCAGGUGUAAAUUGUGGCUCAGCACCCCUUGGACUCCAGGAGAAAGCCUGGAAGUCUGGUGGUGGGUCAGCAGCAGGUAGCACGCCAUCCCCAGCUCCUGAGGGCCGAUUGUUUCCCGAUGCACUGCAAAGGUCGGACGGCCAGGCAUGUUGGGACAGUGGAGCAGAGACACAAAGUGAACGAGAUCCUGAAGAGGACGAGGUUUGGUCGGACAGUGAACACAACUUCUUGGAUCCCAACAUCGGAGGAGUAGCAGUUGCACCUGCUCAUGGUUGUGUCUUGAUUGAGUGUGCCCGUCGAGAACUCCAUGCCACCACACCGCUUAAAAAGCCUGACCGCACUCACCCAAGCCGCAUAUCCCUGGUCUUCUACCAGCACAAGAACCUGAACCAGCCCUGCCAUGGUCUGGCUUUGUGGGAAUCCAAGAUGAAAAUCCUGGCAGAGCGAGCGCGACAACGGCAACAAGAAGCUGCUCUUUUGGGUCUCUCACAGGAAGAAAUCAAGGCCUACGGGAAAAAGCGCAAAUGGGCGGCUGGGUCAGCAAGCCCGUCCCCUGGACAAACUAAGGACAAACGGGAGGGUGUAGUGACACGGAUGGCCCCAACACAGCAUAGCACCACCAUAGUCACAGUUUCACCUUACCCGUCCACACACCUCACUGGUCCUUACAGUCGAUUUGUGUGAACUCUUGUAGACUGUUGCCCCCUGGAGCCAGAGAUGGGAACAGAAAUGAUAAGGGUCAUAAAUCUUACUCCUUUACCAUUUGCUUCCCUUCUUCUAGCUCCAACACCUCUGUCAGGCCACUGAAAGAGAGGGAGAAUAGAGGAAGGGGCACUUUUUUCACUUUUAUUUCUUUUACCUCAAAUUUUGGCAGCAGUUUGGGAGUUCCCCAAACGGACACGCUGUCUAUGGUGCUCUUUCUCUCUCCAACGUGGGAGGGACUUCCAUAGCUACCCCUCCUUAAGUGAAUUUGAUGAUCCUAAUUAUUGCUCUAUUAUCAAUAUUAUUACAUUUGCUAUUGUUACUGUUAAUGUUGAUAUUACAGGUAUUGUUAUUAUAUUAUGAAGAUGACUAUUUUUAUUUUAAUGUUAUUGUUUUUUUAUCAUUGUUUUUAACGUUAUGAUUUUUCGUCCUCUUACUAAGAGGGACUUCCUUUCUUCAUUCUCGCUUGAUCUCUAUGAAAACGAGAACAAGCUAAUCAGCAUUUUCGUUGCGCUUUUCGCCUCUCCAGCCUCUCGAUUAAUGAUGCACCUUCACAUCAUCGCGAGUCACAUUUAUGUGACUGCAUGAAAGCAACUCUAUAUAGAGUAUUUGCUCAUUGUGCUAGUCACUGAACAUGUGACCAAGAAAGAGAGGACCUGACGCCAGCUUAGGCCUUUCUGUUUGGUGCCACUCUAAGGAAAGUCUCUCAUCCCUUCAAAUGGUGCUUUUUUCAGUCUCAAGUGUCUCUGAUUUUGCCCUCACAAUAUCGAGGCAGGUGCUGGACCUGGGUGCUCUUUAGCAGCAGAUGUCAGUCAUGUUCAGUGAUGGGGACCUCAAAGUCCUUGUAAUUGGCUUAGCCUUCCAUCAUGUCAUCUGAUUGGUGCUGACUCAUUUGCAGCCAUUCUUCUUUACCCAUGGGACACCAUGUAAACAAACUUCUUUAAGGUGCUGAUAGUGAUAGCAAAUAUUCACCUUAAUAGAGCUGCCCUAAAAAGCUGCAAGGCAACCCACCACAGGUUUUAAGCUUGUGAUUUCCAUGUAGACAGUCCAGACUCAGCUCAAACAGGGAGUUCUAAAACCAUCACUUAGUUUGUAUUGGAAUUCUGCAGUCUCUGCUUAAAUCACCCUAGAUAUGUUCAGAUCACUGUAGGACUUUGAGAUAAUAAACGUAGUGACUUGUAGGUGCAUAAGGUGCUUGAAUGGGAUUCUCUAAAUCGCUGGCCCUGUGUAAACUGAACAUGUCUUCCAUGUCCUGAUAUACCCGUAUGACUGAUAAAGUUAUUAUUUUGGGGAUCUAUUCCCACCCACUGCUGGUUAAACUCGCCAGCCUAAUGGACAGAGCACAUUUUUUUGGAGUUGGUGCUACUAUGAGUCUAUACUCCUGUAAAGUUGCCCCCCUGCUCAUUGUUGUAAGCAUUCCUCUUUCUCUCCUCUUGCCCUCAGAGAUCACCCACACCUGGAAUUCAUGGUGCUGAAUGGCAUUGUAUAGUUUCAGCCCUGUUUUAUGUGUGUACGCGUGUGAGUGUGUGCGUGUUUGGAUUCCAAAACAAGCACCCACACCGGUCAGAAUGUAUGUGAUGCCUGUCUGUGAGCUAUGUACAGGGAGCAAUGCAGGGCUGCCACUGGUUUACACAGGGCUGUAAGAUGCUUGACACUCACAGAGGACAGAUUCUGGUGCUCAUUAAGUGGUCCUAAAGCUCUUUACCUCAUGUUGUACAGACACUGGUCCCACAACAUGCUACAAACACACGGUCGCUACAUACUGCAGGCUCGCUGCCUACAUCCACACUCGUAAUUAUUAUUUAUUAUAUGAUAAUGAUGAUGAUUAUUGUUAUUGUGAUUGCUGUCUUUCUUUCUUUUUUUUUUUUGGUUUGUUCAUUUUAGAAAAAUUGUAAAUAUUGAAGAGAGGAUUUUAUAAAAAGCACUUUUUAUCUUGAUUUUAAUGAGGACGAUGGAAAAAAAAAUGAGAACGGAUUAUUGACAACUUGAAGCCUAGUUUUUGUUUUAAUGGAAUUUUAUUGGGAGAGAUAGAAAUGUAAAUAGUUAAAUAUUUAGGUAAGAUAAUUUAACUGGUGAGGGAUGAUGGCCUAAUCAUGAAUGAUUCCUGAAUUUUUAGUUGUCUGUAUGUCAAGCCGUCAACAACAGACCGCAAAGCAGGAUGCUUUGUGGCAACUCAAGAUACUGCUGUCCUUCCUAUUGUGAGUACUGUACUUACACCAAUACCUCUGUGCUACCAUUGUCACCGGCUUCCUUUUCCUGCAUCUGAUCCACAUUUAUAAACCAUUAACAAAUGGAGAACAAAGAAUGUGACCAUGUUGACCAAUACAGUUCAUAAGGAUUCAGGACUUACAUAAUUUCUCAAAGGGAUUGGAAGAUCUUUUUUUUAACAUGAAUUUGGCCAUAGACGGGAAAGAAUACCUUGCAGUUUGAAUCGUGACCGCUUUCAGUUCAGAAGUCUAGGUGGCUUUACUCAUGUAAUGCUUCUUUUUAUUUCAUGAAAUAUUGCAUGGGGUGAGUCUGAAAGAACUCUGAGUCUGCACUGACGUUGUUAUCCUCGACUGUCACUUGUUCUUGGAGAUACAAGACUUUCCCCUGAAGUUUAAAUAGCGGCGUUUCAAGAGUACUCUUGAAGCCCAGCAGAGUUUUAUUCAAAUGGCUUUUGAACCAUGGUGCUACCCCCUAGAGUUCACUGUGGAAAUGACUCUUGGCAAACACUGUUGCAGUUCUUUGAGCUCUUAAAUUGACAUGUGAACUUGUUUUGAGAGGAAACGUACAUAUGGUGCUGAUCAUUUCAAAAUGAUUUACUUAGUAAUUUCAGAUGAUCACAAUAACUAAAAGCACUCCAACUGAUCCAGUUUCUCUUUUUAGCUCUCACCUUAUAUGAUGGUACUUGAAGAUCAUGAUGGCAGGUAGAGGAAUAGGUACUCUCAUGCUUUUGAUGUGAAUAGACUGUUAUUUUAAUAUUCUGGUGCUCGCUGAACUGCCCAGAGAUGCGUUUUCGCUCAUUUAUGUUUGAAUAUACUCGUUCUUUUUAUUUACCCACAUCUGCCUUUCGGCAACACUGUCACAUACAAACACACACAAACACAACACUUUCUCACAUACACACACUAAUCUGCCCCAUUUAUCAGCACUCACCUUUUAAGAGUAUCAAUCAUGCCCAGUUUUCUACAUCAAAAUGUCUAAAGAGGAUAAAGAAAGAAAAAAAAAACUGGCAGCUACAUUCCUUUGAGUUGAAGAUUGUUCUUGGUUCUAUUUUACAUGUUGAGUAUGCAGUAUGUAAAAAGUGUUAUCUUUUGUUUGGUCUCUCUCCUUGUAGUGUAUGGUGUAUUAUGUGAAUACAUAGUGUAUGUGGAAAGAUCCACAAUACUGUUUUAUGUUCUGAACUAUGGAAAAAUAAAAAAUAAAAAUCAGAAAUUGUGA